AUGAUUGGAGCAUACGUCGCUGAUUUGGACAUGAUAAAAUUGGAUUUGUACAGGGGAUACGACUAUACCGAGGUUAUUCAUCAAUCUAUUCUGUUCUACGAGGCCCAGCGUUCUGGGGAUAUCCCGGAAGAGACAAAUCGUAUACCGUACAGAGGUGAUUCGGCUUUAGACGACCAGGGAUUCUAUGGAGAAGACCUCACAGGAGGCUGGUAUGACGCUGGUGACAAUGUUAAAUUUGGUCAGCCAAUGGCGGCAAGCAUGACUAAUCUAGCAUGGGGUAUGAUCCAAUUUGAGGAUGCGUACAGGGCUGCCAAUGCGUGGAACUACGGCCUGGAUGGUAUUCGAUGGGCGGCCAACUAUUUCGUCAAGUGUCACGUGGAAGACAAUAAGUUUUACUAUCAGGUUGGAAACCCAGGACUUGAUCAUUCCUACUGGGGUCGACCAGAAGAGAUGACCGCUGAGCGACCAGCUUUAAUGAUCAAUUCAUCUGUACCUGGCUCAGAUAUUGCCGGUGACACGGCGGCAGCAUUGGCUGUGGCAUCAAUAAUCUUUUCUACAUCUGAUCCUGCCUACGCUGCCAUACUACUUAACCACGCUGAGAUACUGUUCGAAUUUGCUAUCAAUUAUCCCGGAAAUCAUCCAGCUAAUGGCUACUACCAACCUACUGAAUAUGGCGACGAGUUGGGACUCGCUGCAUGCUGGCUGUAUUUGGCCACAGGAAAUGAGCUCUAUUUACAGAAUGCUGAAGAUUUGUAUGUAGCUCAUCGUCUGUUCCGCAAAAGCUGGGCAUAUGGAUGGUCAGCAAAGAACCCAGCUGUCCAGGUAUUAUUAUACCAGAUUACAGGAAAGAUAAAAUACUAUAAUAGCCUAACAAACUAUGUCGAUAGUUGGUUACCAAAUGCAACUCUCCCAUAUACACCAGGCGGUUUGGUUCAUCGACAUGAUUGGGGCUCGCUGCGUUAUUCUGCUAACACUGCCUUCAUAGCACUGAUAGCAGCUGAAAAUGGCGUUAAAACUGCAGAAUAUCAGGACUUCGCCAAAGCUCAGAUCCACUAUAUGUUGGGAGAUAGUGGACGCAGUUAUGUAAUCGGAUAUGGUGUCAAUCCACCGGAUAGACCUCACCAUCGAUCAAGUUCGUGCCCAGACCAACCGUCUGCUUGCAAUUGGAGUAGCUACGGUUAUGAUGGCCCAAAUCCCCAGGUUUUAUACGGUGGACUAGUUGGUGGACCAGAUAUUAACGACUACUGGACACAAAGCCGAUUCGAGACUCAAACACCUUGA